AUCGAAGCCACCGACAAGAGCAGCCUUCUAUUGAACGAUACUGGCAUGCACUGGCAUGGGAUGCGACAAUUCCGCACGAGCCGAAUGGACGGUGCGAAUGAGCUCAUCAAAUGUCCAAUUGUGCCGGGAGAGAGCAAGACGUACACAUCGGAAGUGACGCAGUAUGGAACAUAAUGGUAUCACUCCCAUUACAGCGUACAAUACGCCGAUGGGAUUGUUGGGGCGAUUGUCAUCCACGGGCCUACCUCCGCAAACUACGCCGUCGACUUGGGGGACAUAUCUUCUUACCGACUGGUUCCAUAAACCUGUGUUUCAGGUCAACCAGCAAGCCCAUGCAUUCCGCAAGACCACCGAUUGCAGACAAUGUGUUGGUGAACGGGACUAUGCUGUCACUUGAUGGCACCGCUGGGAAAUAUGCGAAAAAUGGGCCUUGAACCAAGCAAGAAACAUCUACUGCGCAUCGUCAACGUCGGCUUCAACAAUUACUUCCACGUCUCGUUGGACAACCAUCCCUUCACAGUGGUCGCCGCUGACUUCAUUCCCAUCAAGCCAUUUACUACGACAUCGUUGGUGCUUGGUGGUGGUCAACGCUACGACGUGAUCAUUGACGCAAACCAAGCGGUUGGCAACUAUUGGUUCCGAACCAAAUUUGGAGGGACUGCGGAUGACCCAUACGAUGGGCGGAACCGGAAUGCUGCUAAUAUUAAAAACAUCUUCAGUUACAACGGAGCCCCUCAGAGUCGGACGGAGGCCGACAACAAUCUUGUCCGUUGGCUCGUCAAAGUUUCUGCCGUCAACAUCAACCGGGACUUCCCCACGCUUCAAUACGUCCUUGACUGGAACACUGAUUGCCCCUCAAACGACAACGUGUACACGGUCGAUAAAGCCGAUGAGAAUCUAGUGGGCCUACUGGGUCAUCCAAGCCGACGAGACCCACCCCCCAUUCCUUACCCCGUCCAUCUCCACGGCCACGGCUUCCGGAUCCUCGGCUCCGGUAUCAACGAAACUUUCGACGCUUCUUCGCUGCUGAACUUUGACAACCCAAUUCGACGGAACACCACCUCGCUUCCAGCGCUCAGUUGGAUCGUCCUCACGUUCCCCGCGGAUAACCCGGGUGCGUGGCUCAUGCAUUUCCUUAUUCCUUUCCACAUUGCGACCGAUCUUGGGCACCAGUUCUUGGAAUGA